ACAUACUUUUUUUUUUUUUACUAUCAAUGCUCUAUCAAACCUAUCGGGGUCCCUUACUUGGAACAUUACGAAUAUUAGUCAAAGAAUGGUGUUUCGAUAUUGUAUGACAAUAAUUCCAUUCUGGUUAUCACCAUUUUUUUUUUUUUGUUAUUAUAAUUUUCUGUACCUCUAUUUUUGGUGUCAACUUGAAUGGUAUAAAAAGACAUUGAUUCUUUCAAUUCCUUCUUGCGUCCUCUAUUCUGCACCCUCCGAAUUUUUGUAUAUGAUUCCCUCCCUGUGCCCUGGUGGCGCGAUUGUAAAUACUCACACCUCUGGAUCGCAAGACGCACCAAAGAACGGCUCAAAUGCAGGAUUCGUUAAAUGCGCGAUAUGCGGAUCGAAACGACAUCAGACUAGGGUAAGUUGUGUCCUAUCUCAAGACCUCCAUCUGGCCGCGUGCACUAAUUUUUUUGUCAUCCGUAAAGAAUUGUCCGGUAUCACCUCGCCAUUGAGGCGCCUACUCUUUAUAUCCAACGCUCAUUAGACAAAGUAUCGGCAAGCGGACCACAAUCACUGUUGGAAACCCAUCACUGCUGCUAUCUGGCAGUACUUUAUUCAAUAGACAAACCUCCUUUCUUCAUUUCCUUUGGCAUUUACAUCAAACAGACACACUUACCGGAACUCCAUACCGACGGGCAAAAGGUGGUUUAUCUCGGUGUAGCAGUGAAUUUAUCGUCAAAUCAUUUCCAAUAAACUCACAUCAGUAG